AUGCUAGUAAAUAUUAGCAUCGCCAUUGCUGCACCUCUUCCCAUUCUGCUAUUGUACACCAUUGGAGUCUUCAAUUAUAAACACCUACUGCCUCUCUGGAAAUAUAACAGGCAGAUCAAGCUCGAUUUCUCACCCAACGAACUUUCUGGUGUCGACAUAGUUGUUGUCCUGGUUAUCUUUCUGUUAAGAUCGGUCAAACACUCAAUACUCUCGACAUACAAGCGGAUAUACAACGCUAGAAAUGAUAUCUCUGAAGUUCCGACCUCCCCAGAUGAAGACGAACUCUCCUUGGUCAUGCCGUUUCGACCAACACAAGCAGACCUCAAUGCCUACUCCGCGGCUGUCAAGAAUCCACUGGUUGAUAGAGACGUUCAGUUAGUCGGCUCACAGCUGCUUCUCCUCCUAUCUGCUCUGAGUGAGCCAGCCAUGCUGUUGUUACUUGCCCACCGGUCGUGUAAGAUACGACCACUAGGCUCUGUCAACACAUUGUUGUCUUUCAAAGAGGCCUUCUUAACUGCAAGGCUCUCGAAGCAUGUCCGCACGGUCAAACGAGGGUUUGAGGUUGACCUCACGGUAAGCUUGAAUGUUCUGAACAAGGAUUCCAUCGACUCGAUCACAAUCUUUCGGCAAAAUUUCACUAUUUUGCAGUUUGCAAGAGCUCGCGCAGAGAUCAUUCAGGGACGGGAUGCUGCCCCAGAUAGUACUAGUAUAUCAAGCCCAGCCUGGUCAGCUUCGAUACCUCUCACGAUCGAGUACAAUGAUCCCACCGGCUGGGCAAGGCUCUGCAAAGAUUUCAAUCUAAUUCACACCUCAACGAUCGCGGCAAAGCUCUUUGGGUUCCCAGGGAAACUAGCCCAUGGCAAUCACAUCGGUGCAUUAGCUGCCAAGUACAUUGCUUUUGCCAACGCGAACGAGCCGCUUUUUAUGGAAAUUAUGUUCAAGCGGCCCGUGGUUGUCCCUGCGCACUUGGAGUUGAAGGUUUCCCCAGCGGCGGCAGAAGAAUCACAGUCACGCCUUGUUAUUACAUUGUUCCAAAUCAUUAGCAAGAACAAAAUCAGCGUCGAAGGGAGAAUUGGCCAGCUCAAAUACACGGCCAACACCUAA